AUGUUGCAAACAAAAUCACAAAGCUUAAGAAAAUUAAUUUUACACGGAAUCAAGUUUGACAAAGUUAAUCUUACAAAUAUUGCACCAAACUUAGAGAUUUUAUCAAUAAAUAAUUCUUUUGGAAAUCCUUUUGGAGAAGGCAAAAAUAAUUUUCAUAAUCUUCAAAGCCUGGAAUUAGAAGAUAAUGAAAUAGAAUUAAACAGAUUUGUUCUAAAAACAAAGUGUGAAUCAUUAAAAUUUUUUAGAAUAAAAGAGAGGGAAUUAAAUAAUGAAGUAAAAGAGGAAUUUAUUUCAUUGCUUAGUCAAAAUUAUCCAAAUAUAACUACUUUAUGUUAUAUAACUGACAAUAUUAUAUUCUCUUCUACACUUAAAAUAUUUAAAAAACUUUGUCAACUACAAAUAGGAGAAUUUGCUUAUUAUGAUCUUCCUUACAAGUUCACCCAAACAAUAUGGAGUUACCAGGAAAAGCAACCCGGCGAACCAUCUCGACAACAUAGCUCAGUUCAUAUCCUCGAAACCUUGACCCAUAAUAUGAACUUCUUUACGACUAGUCAUUAA